CCCCCAAGCCAUAUUAAACAAAUUUUGAAGCCCAAUCCGUUUAAUUAAAUACAUAAAUAUUUGAUUCUGAAAUAUGCAUAAACUUUUUAUUCUGAUUAUUUAAAGUACUUUUUACACCGUAUCACCAAACAAAACUCUUCAAAGAAGUUUCUAGCAUUCUGGUGUGGCGUGAGCAGAGAACAACACAGAGAGAAAGAUGAUUAUCCCCGUUCGCUGUUUCACCUGUGGAAAGGUCAUUGGAAACAAAUGGGAUUCAUAUCUUGACUUUCUGCAAGCAGAUUACACUGAAGGAGAUGCACUCGAUGCUUUGGGCCUGGUUCGAUACUGUUGCAGACGCAUGCUUAUGACCCAUGUCGACCUUAUUGAGAAGCUACUGAAUUACAAUAGUUUGGAAAAGGUUGAUGCCAGUUAAGGUUUCUUAAGGAACUACAGAUGACCAAGACGAGUCAGUUGCGCCGCAAGUCCUGUGUGUCAAUGCUUUGCUUUUGUUUUAGUCCUUUUCCUAAAGCAGUUUUAGUUUGUGGUUAUUGAGACUGAUUGUAAGGUGUAGCUUGUUGUUAAUUACUUUUUUAAUUUUAGAAUGUGCUAUCUUUCAUUGAUAUGAACCGAAGUGCAGAAGACUAACAAGUUUUUAUAAAAAUGUGGUUAUUAGGAAUGUAAGAAUUGAUAAAUUUUAUUUA